UCCAAAAAGGCCACUCAACUCCCAGAGACCGAUCCCUGAAAUUCUGCUCUGUCGGCUGCUGCUGUUGCUACCAUUCUCGGGACCCUCACCAUGAAAGGCCUUCUACUGAUCACCUUGUCUUCUCUGCUCUGCUGGGUCUCAGCUCAUCCCCAGGUGAGUCAAACACGCCAUCACUUCAGCCCAACUUGUGUCUUCCCAGCGGACGUUCGCUGUCACUCCUGCUACAAGGUCCCUGUGCUGGGCUGUGUGGACCGGCAGUCCUGCCGCCUGGAACCAGGACAGCAAUGCCUGACAACAAAUGUGUACCUCGGGAAGAUGUGGGUUUUCUCCAACCUCCGCUGUGGCACACCAGAAGAGCCCUGUAAGGAGGCCUUCAACCAAACCUCCCACAAGCUAGGCCUGACCUAUAACACCACCUGCUGCAACAAGGACAAUUGCAAUAGCCCAGCCCCUCGGCCCACCCCAGCCCUGGCCCUGGUCCUCCUCACCUCCUCGGCUGGUCUUGGCCUCUGGCUGCUACACUGAGACCCCCUCCAUGGCUGUCCCUCCUCCCACUUGCCUUAGCCUGAGCGUCUCUUCUUGUGUCUUCGUAUCCUCUGCUUCUCUUUGCUCAGGAAAGCAUUUCUCCAGGCCCUUCACAAUUCUUUAACAGUGGUCUCCUGAUCCAUCCUUCCACCCUACACCCUCUACUCUGCUUUUCUGGAGUCUCUUCCCAUUUCCUUCAACACCAGACCCUCCAUUGCCUCCUAGGAGGGCUCCCCACUUUGCUUCCUGCACUCUCCCGUGACGUAUGUGAGGAGGGAUUGGAAUGGGGUUUCUGUCCUGUCCCCAAUGAAGGCUCCCAGGAAGGACCUGAUGACCUCACCAUAUGAACUGAUUCUCCAAACCCUGGCUCCCAUACAUACCUCAUCCGCAUGCUCACCCGUUUCCAUUUUGAGUAAUAAAUGUUGAUAUCUGA